GCAACACAGGGUGCACAUGGCUCACAGAAAACUCACCCUCACACUUACAGGACUGUAUCUACUUCUCUGGCAGGUAUGGGCCGAACUGGAGAUCAACAUGGAAAACAGUGUAAAGGUGUUUCUGAACGAUGCAGCAACAAUCCCCUGCAGGUACAAUCUGAAUGAGCCUGACAGUUUGUUGACGAUAGAGUGGUUUGUGAAGUCAGUACGCAGCUACAACAGAGCACAGAUCUACUACAAAAACAGCACUGAUGUAAUUGUGGUCCAGGACACUGGCUUCUCUGGGAGGAUCGAUAUCUCUCAGUUUAAGGAGGGCACACUUCUAACCAUUAACAGUAUACGAGUCAGUGAUGAGCAAGAGUAUUUCUGCAAAGUGACCGUGGAUGGGAGAAGCGAGGAGGGAUCCACUCGACUGCUGGUGUUCAAUACCCCAUCAUUUCCUCAAACUGAAGUAGAACCUUAUGCUUCUUCACUCUCCCAGGAGCUGGAACAGAUUGCAUCCUGUCAGGUCAACGAUGCAUACCCAGUUCCCAAAAUCACAUGGUACAAAAACAACAACCCACUAACUGAUAUAGGCGAAAAUGUAGAUGUAAGGAAUAGUGAGACGCAGAAUCCCAGUGGUCUGUACACACUAAAGAGUCAACUCCACCUUGUGGUAGUAAAAGAGGACAAGGAUGCAGUGUUCUACUGUGAGGUCACCUACUCUGGUCCUAAAGGGGAGAAGAUGAUGGAAUCUAAUCCUUUCAACAUCACGGUCCACUAUCCAACAACAACUGUCUCAGUGACCCAGGAAUUUCCCAAGGGGCUCAUCAUAGAAGGUGACCGAGUAGAAAUCAGAUGCCUGGGAAAUGGAAAUCCUCAGCCAGACAUUAGCUUCCUGAAAAACAAUGACAUACAGACAACAGACAACAGCCCUGUCCUGGUCCUGGAGAAUGUGACUCGACUGGACAGUGGAACUUACCAGUGCAACUCUCUGGAUAUGGAAACCCUACUCGAAGCCAGUGGGACUUUGAAACUCAUGGUUCAUUAUUUGGAUCCUGUUGUUAUCAUUCCAGAAAAUCCAGAAAGCCUGGAUGAAGGACAGGAUCUGUCUCUGACCUGCAAUGCUCUCUCCUCUCUGUCUACACAGACAUUGUGGUCCAAGGACAAUGUGCUACUGGACAAUGGACAUACGCUGAAAUUACACAACGUCUCUAUGGAUAUGGCUGGGACGUAUGUUUGUGAAGUUGUGGUAGCUGAGCUGCCAGACUUACGCCAAAAGAACACUGUGGACAUCAUCGUAAGAGGAAAGCCCAUGAUCAUAGAUGGGGUGACCGUAAUUCUUGGAGAUGAUGAAUCAUUUAAUGUGAGCUGUAGAGCAAAAGGACAUCCACCUCCUGUCAUCCAAUGGAAUAUCAGCGAUGAGCAGACUCCUUUAGAAGAGUGGCAAAUCUUAACAGACGACUACAUUCUCAGCAUUAUUUCCAUCAGCACCAAAUCUGACAUCGUAGCUUCUUGUACAGCCGUAAAUGAUCUGGGCGCAGAUGAAGCAUCGCUUCACAUUAAAACCAGCCAACUGACACAAACAACGACUAGCACUACAUCAACCAGUACGAAGGCACCAGGAACAGUCAACCCCCAGAAGAAAAUCAAAAAAGGAAGCAAUGGAGUCAUCAUUGCAGUCAUCAUCAUUUUCAUAUUGUUGCUGGCCAUUCUGGGUGCUGUGCUGUACUUCCUCUACAAAAAAGGCAGGAUCCCAUGUGGGCGAUCAGGGAAACAAGAUCUGACGAAGGAGAAGGUCAGUAGCGAUGACAUUGUUGUGGAGAUGAAGAACAGUAAAUCGGAGGAAGCAGUUCUUCUACAGGGAGUCAACGGUGAUAAAAAGAUUUCCAACGAUCAGUGAGUUGAAGCAUGAAGACUGCACAGACACACAGGACAGCCCACUAGCAUUUUCCAUGUUGCUACUCAGUGGGAAGUCUCAGAAAAAGAGGACUUGAGCCUCCUCCCUACUCAACUGCCAUCAAUAAAUGAUCUUCCCGUAAGCUGA